CUUUUCUCUUAUCAAUUGUCAACUCCUCGCAUGGCAUUUGGCGAGGGCGGAGGACAGCAUCCUUGCAUGGACAGUAUCCUUGCAUAACGUUGUCAUUUACAGACCUCAUAUGCCUCGCUUAAGAGCCCAGUUGGUGUUAAUAUAGGUUACCGGACGCGUUCUACCUCGGCUUAGGUCAGGCGGGCAACAGCCAUGCGACCACCGAGCGUGUCGCUAGAGCGCCCUAUACCUGGAAUGUCAUUUCGGUGCAGCGCGUCACGAACAACCAUUGUUUCCAGUCUGCAAACUCAUUAUAGGAGCCUAGUGCUCCCAAGGUUUGCGUUUCCUUGCAUUGCAGCCCCUCAGUGUCACGCGCGAAAGACAUUCCGCACACCUAUGUACUGGCAUGCCCAUGCCGCUAACAAUGGGGCUGGCAAUUUUGAAAUUCCAUCUGACGGUUACGUUCGUUCCGCGACCGGGCAACUGCAUCCAACUGAACCAAGCGUCAACCCCGCCUCCCAACCCACUGCUGGGAGUGCGGCGGCGACAACAACUCCUACAGCGAAUGCGCCCCUUCGUGAGUUCCUUAACUUUGGAGCUGUCAGAGUACGACUUAACCGAAUCCGUACGAGCUUGAUCCAAGCAUUCCGCGAUUGGCUUGCAUGGGCCUUACAGCUGCUGCAGUACCGCCUCAUGCUGCUGCUGCGGCUGCCCACUUGGGGCAAGCUGGCGGCGCUGGUGGCGGCCGGGCUGCCGGUGGUGGCGGCGGGCAGCUGGGGGCUCAGACAGGUGUCUGAGGUGUCCUGGCAGGAGGCGCUGCAGUACUGCUUCUACGUGCUUAACAACGUGCCGGGCACCGAUGUGACUCGGCUGCCCUCCCUGCCGCCCCGACUGGUGCUCAUCGCCGUACACCUCACCUCGCUGUGGAGCUUCGCGGCGCUGGUGGGGCUCGUGACGGAGGAUGUGCGGGCGGCGGUGGAGGGGAUUCGCAGCGGCAACUUCCCGCUCCCCGCCCGCGGCCACACACUGCUGCUGGACCCCAAGGUGCCACCGCACCGUCUGCGGGAGCUGGUGCAGCAGGUGGUGGCGGUGCGGCAGAGCGGGCGGCCCGGGGAAGGGAGCCAGGGAGGGGUGUUCCCCGGGUGUAUUGCCGUACUCAGCACGCAGCCCAAGGCGGAUCUGGACGAGCAGCUGGCCUCCUGGCUACCGCCCAGGCUGGCUCGGUUGGUGGUGACACGGCACGGGAGCCCCAUGAAGGUAGACGACCUGCGCCGUGUGGCCGCCGCAGCAGCGCAUACCGUGAUCCUGUUGGCUCCCAGCGGACCCAUGGGUCACCAGCAGCCCUCCACUGGGGAGGGAGAGGACAGCUGCGAUGACGGCGACGAGGGACCCAUGGGUCAUUCCGACGGCUACACUGCUUCUUUGUCUCCGGAGCUUCAACAAGAGCUCUGUCUCGUGGCGUUGAUGGCCCUACACUCAGAAACAACGACAACGGCAACGGCGGCUUCGUCAUCGUUCCCCAUUGCCGUACCAUCCCAUUGGCAAUGGCCCUUGCGGCGGCAGCUACAGCAGCGACAACAGCGACAGCGAGUGGUGGUUGAACACAGUUGUACGGCACUCGAGGCUGCUACAGCUCACAUGGAUGCACGGCAGGAGGCAUGGUUGUUCGACAGCGCUUAUUUCCACGGAACAAACACGAUCAGCGCCGGUUACUAUGUAAACGACGAUUUCGUAGAAGAUGAGGAUGAUGAUGAGGAGCAGCAGGAGGAGGAGGAGGGAGAAGAUCCCUUCUUGCAGGUCACCCACGUGUCUAGUCUCAGUAACGCCUUCAGCCGUGUUGCCGUACAAUGUGCCGUACAACCGGGUCUGGCCGCCGUAUUCGACGCCAUCUUUUGUCGCCGCAAUGGCAGCGCUGGUAGCGAUAGCGGCGGCAGUAGCGGCGGUAGUGGCGCUUCCCUGCACGUGGUUCCUCUGCCGGACCAUUUGGCAGGCCUCACCUUUGCCCAAGUCCGCCGGCACUUCCCCCGUGCUGCCGUCUGCGGCAUCAUACUACCACCCUCCACCACCUCCACCUCCUCCUCCUCCUUUGCCUCAACCGCUACCUCCUCCUCCGCCUCCACCACUGCUGUCCCGCCCCCGUCCCCCUUCCUCCCGCCCCCUCCACCACCACCUCCCGGCCCCGUGCUGCUGUGCCCCCCCGACCACCUGCUCAUGCAGCAACCCGGGCAGCUGCAGCUGCUGCUGCUGGCACCCAGCAGACGGGAUUGCACCCCCGCUACUGCCACUGCCACUGCCACUGCUGCCGCCGCUGCAGCCAGCGCUACUGCCUCCACCGCUGCCAGCGACUGUGGCGCAGCGGACAAUGACAGCGAUGACGGAAUUACCAGCGCUUGUGAAAGCCGCGGCGGCAGCGGUGGCAGUAGCCGUACUGGCUGCUGGUUUUGCAGCACAGCAGACGGCGACAGGUGCAGUGCAGUUGGCGGCAGCAGCCGCAGUAGCACCCCUGCCGCUGCUGCCGCUGGUUUCCAGUUGGUGCUGGUGUCCCUGGACAGCAGGGGGGGGCUGGGUGCGGCGCUGCGGGGGGCGCUGCGGGAGUUCAUGCGGCCGGGCAGCACCGUGACGUUGGUGACACCGGAACCCUGCCCCGACCUCGACCUCAACAUGGACAUGGACCUGACUGCGGGUGGUGGUGAUGGUGGCAGCAGUGACAGCACCCCUGGCGGUGGUAGCGGCGGCGGGGGUGCUCGCCUGCAUUUCCGUAACCUGGUUGGGGACCCACUGUCAGCGGGGGCAAGGGCGGGGGCCAGCUUGGGAGGUGCAGCGGCGGCGGCGGGGGACGAGGCAGUGUUGUGGCGUGCGGGCGUGGCCGAGGCGGAUGCGGUCAUCCUCACCGGUCUGGACUCCCUGCCCCAGGAGCAGGCAGAUGCCACCGCAGCGGCUCUGGCGCUCACACUGCAGAAACUGCUGGCACGGGCGGCGGCGGAGGCGGAGAUGGUGGCGGAGGAAGCGGCGGUAACGGCAGCGGCAAUGACGGGGGCUGAGGUGGCGGCGGCGGCCAGUGCUGCCGUCGUCAGCCCUGCCGCGCACGCUGAUGCUGGCUCUGCUGCCGCCAGUGGCCCGAAGAGCAGUUCAGCGGCUGCGGCGGGGACGUCAGCAACAGCGCCGCCGCCGCCGUCACAGCUGCUGCCGCCGCUGACGUUUGUGUGUUCGUUGUACGACACCCAAAACCGAACUGUACUGCAACAUAUAGCUGCCGCCGGGGAAGCGGCGGGUGCUGCGGGGAACGCUGCCAGGGCUAGGAGUAGUAACGGCAGCAGGGUGCUGGCGGCGGCGGCGGCAGGAGGAGGAAGGGGGGGAGGAAGGGGGCGAGGUGGUCCCCGCCCCCGCCCACGAGGGCUGCGAGUGGAGGUGAUUGAGCCGGCGGCACUUCAGAGCGGCAUGCUGGCACAGGUUGCCUCCGAGCCGCUGCUGGGCCCCUGCCUGGCAGACCUGCUGGACGAGCAGGGGUGCGAGCUGUACGUCAGGAGGCCCGAGGAGUACGGCUUGGUGCCGUACAGCCACGUCACCUGGGGGCAGGUGUGUGAGGCCGUCCGUGGGGCGGGGGGCCCGGCAGGAGGAGGAGGCAGUUGCGAUGUUGCAUUGGGGUACAUCACCACGCAAGCAGCAGCAGCAGCAGCAGCAGGGGACGGAAGGAGGAGCGGCAGGAGUGGCGCCGGUAACAUAAACUGGAG